UAAAAUACAUAGCUAUUGAGUAGACAUGUGAAUUUAUUAUUAUAUUUUUUGGAGAACAUUCAAAUCGGAUGCAAAACACAAAAAUGUUACUGAUCACGGCGGCUCUAAACUGAAAGUAAACUUCAUGGAGCAGGUCGUCAUUAAAUUACAAAAUUUGCUAUACGUUUUUUAAAAUCGGCUCAGAUUUAUCUUGUAAUAGACUGUACUUCGGAACUCUGCUAAGUACAAAUGUAAUUAAAAUCUUUACCGUUACGGCCCUUGUUACGUUACGACCCAGAAUGUGGCUCAUGAAUUUGUUCGGGUCUCUAAUGUAUGUAUUGAUUUUCUUCUACAUCAGUACCUCAUCGAGACGUUCAUAAUAAAGGCCCACCUAUUGAUGAUAAAGACAUGACCCAACUGUAGACUAUAUAUUCUAGUACAAUUUUCUGUUGUCCAAGCCAAUAUAUAUUUAUGCCACCCUUCGAAGAAGAGGGGGUAUAUUGCUUUGCUCAUGUCGAUCGGUCCGUCCGUCCACCAGGUGGUUGUCAUACGAUAACUCAAGAACGCUUGGGCCUAGGAUCAUGAAACAUCAUAGGUACAUUGAUCAUGACUUGCAGAUGACCCCUAUUGAUUUUGAGGUCACUAGGUCAAGGUCACGGUGAUCGAUAUUGUAAAAUGGUUUCCGGAUUAUAACUCAAGAACGCAUACGCCUAGGAUCAUGAAACUUCAUGGGUAGAUUGAUCAUGACUCGUAGAUGAACCCUAUAGAUUUUGAGGUCACAUGGUCAAAGGUCAAGGUCACAGUGACCCGAAAUAGUCAAAUGAUUUUCGAAUGAUAACUCAAGAACGCUUUUGCCUAGGAUCAUGACACUUCAUAGGUACAUUGAUCGUGACUUGCAGAUGACCCCUAUUGAUUUUCAGGUCACUAGGUCAAAGGUCAAGGUCACAGUGACAAAAGUCGUAUUCACACAAUGGCUGCCAGUACAACGGACAGCCCAUAUGUGGGGCAUGCAUGUUUUACAAACAGCCCUUGUUUCUAUAGAUUUCAGCAAGACCCACCAAUGGAUAAUAGACAUACAAGACCCCACUGUUGACAUUAUAUGCUUACAGGCAUUGAGGCAACUAUACAGGAGUCAGAGCCUCUCAUGAUACAACAGGCCAGUGUUAACUGUGCUGAUCGAAUGCAAUCUACAGGUUUCACUUUGGUUCUUUCAGAGUCCAUGUCAACUGCUGACAGUGAAGAGCCAGGCAGUCUGACCCAUGAUAGGAGGGAGCCAAGUGAAGAGCCAGCCAGUCUGAGCCAUGAUAGGAGGAAGCCAAGUGAAGAGCCAGCCAGUCUGACCCAUGAGUCCAUGUCAACUGCUGACAGUGAAGAGCCAGGCAGUCUGACCCAUGAUAGGAGGGAGCCAAGUGAAGAGCCAGCCAGUCUGACCCAUGAUAGGAGGGAGCCAAGUGAAGAGCCAGCCAGUCUGACCCAUGAGUCCAUGUCAACUGCUGACAGUGAAGGGCCAGCCAGUCUGAACCAUGAUGAAAUGAGGCAGCCAAAUCCUCAAGGGACAGGGACAAGAAAAGGAAUGAAACGAAAGUGGGCCAGCGAAGAGAACAUAUGUUUCAUGAACUUUUUUAGAGAUGAAUUAAGAGAAAAAAAAAUGCCAUCUGGCUCAAAAAUAAUGGGGUCCCUAAAAAUACUUACCGGAAGAACAGUGGCCCAGAUAAGGGCAAGGGUCCAUAACAUUAUUAUGGAAAAACAAAAAUGGAAAAAGAAUUGUUGAAUUGUGGAAUAUGUUUAUGCCCCUGGUAGGGUGGCAUAUAGCAGUUGAACUGUCCGUCAGUCAGUCAGUCUGUCCAUCUGGCCGAAAACUUAAAUGGCCAUAACUUUUUCAAUAUUGAACAUAGCAACUUGAUAUUUAUACCCCUAUUACAAUUGGUAAUGGGGGCUAUAUAGGAGUCACGUUUGUCGGUCUGUCCCGAUAUUUCAUCCGAUCUUCACCAAACUUGGUCAGUAGUUGUAUGUAGAUAAUGUCUAGGUCAAGUUUGAAUAUGGGUCAUGCCAGGUCAAAAACUAGGUCAUGGGGUCACUUAGUAUGUUUUAAACUGUAAGUUUGUACGGACCAUAGCUAUGUUAUUUAUCGUUACAUUUUUAAAUGACUCGGUACAUUUGUUCACCAUCAUGGAACGGUGUGUCGUGUUAAAAAAAAUUACGUCAAUAUCUCAAAGGUCAAGGUCACACUUGGGAGUUCAAAGGUCAAAUGCUUGGCCGGGCCAUAGCUUUGUUUUUUAUUGUGAGAUUUUAAAAUCAUUUGGCACAUUUGUUCACCAUCAUUGAACAGUGUGUCGGGCGAAAGAAUUACGUCGAUAUUUCCAAGAACAAGGGCACAAUUUGAGUUUAAAGGUAAAAAAUGGCCAUAAUUGAGCUUGUCUGGGCAAUAACUAUGUUGUUUAUUGUGCGAUUUUAAAAUCGUUGGCUCUUUUGUUCACCAUCAUUUGACAGUGUGUCGCGCGAAAGAAUUACGUCGAUAUCUUCAAACUCAAGUUCGUAGUUUUAGUUCAAAGGUCAAAAAUGGCAAUAAAUUAUCUUGUCUGGGCCAUAAAUAUGUCAUUCAUUGUAAGAUUUUAAAAUGACUCUGUACAUCAAUUUUGUUCAAAGUCAUUGGAAGGCUUGUCAUGUGAAACAAUUCAAGAGUUCAAAGGUCAAAAUGGCUAUAAAUGAUAAUGGCAUAAUGAUUCUUAAAAAAUCGCCAUAAAUUGUAUUAUCUUGUUUUGUGAAGACAGCAUACAAAAUAGUCUGUGUCAAUGCGUUAUGUGGGGGUAUAUGUCACGUCUGUGACAAAGCUCCAGUUGGCAUGCAUGUGCAUCUUGUGAAGCUGCACAUAUUGAGUGGUGAAAAGUGAAGGUCAAGGUAAUCCUUCAAGGUUAAAUGUUAAAUAUAUUGCUUCUGUCCGUCCGUCUGAAAACUUUAAAAUUGGCCAUAACUUUUGAGCUCACCUGAGUGCAACAUGCUCAUGGUGAGCUUUUGUGAUUGCCUUUUGUCCGUUGUGCGUUGUAUGUCGUCAACAUUUUGCCUUGUGAACACUCUAGAUGCCACAUUUAUUGUCUGAUCUUCAUGAAAUUUUGCAGAACAUUUGUCACAUUGAUACCUCGACUGAGUUCGAAACUGGGUCAUGCUGGGUCAAAAAUUAGGUCACUAGGUAAAAAAAAAACAAAAAAACUUGUGAACACUGUAGAAGUCCAAUCUUCAUGUAACUUUGUCAAAAUGUUUGUCUAAGUGAUAUUUUGGUUGAGUUAAAAAUUGGUUCCGGUCCGUUGAAAAACAUGGCCGCCAGGGGCGGGGCAGUUUUCCUUAUAUGGCUAUAGAGAAACCUUGUGAACACUUUAGAAGUCAAAAUGUUUGCCUAAUCAUCAUGAAACUUGGUCAAAACAUUGGUUUUAUUUAUAUUUUGGACGAGUUCGAAAAUGGUCCAGAUCAGUGAAAAAACAUGGCCGCCAAGGGGCGGGGGAGUUUUCCUUAUGUCUUUAGUUAAACAUUGCUAACACUCUAGAGGCCACAUUUAUUGUCCAUUCUUCAUGAAAUUUGGUCAGAAGUUUGGUCUCAAUGAUAUCUUAGACGAGCUGAAAAUGGUUACGUUUGCUUGAAAAACAUGGCUGCCAAAGGGCGGGGCAUUUUUCCUUAUAUGGCUAUAUAUGGCUAUAGUAAAACGUUGUGAACACUCUAGAGGCCACAUUUAUUGUCCAAUCUUCAUGAAAUUUGGUCAGAAUAUUUGUCUCAUUAAUAUCUUGGAUGGGUUUGAAAAUGGUUAUGUUUGCUUGAAAAACAUGGCUGCCAAGGGGCGGGGCAUUUUUCCUUAUAAAAAUGGCUAUUGUAAAAUCUUGUUAACACUCUUGAGGCCACAUUUAUUUUCCGAUCUUCAUGAAACUUGGUCAGAAUAUUCAUCCCAAAAAAUAUCGUAGACAAGUUAAAAAAUGAUGCUGGUUGGUUGAAAAACAUGUCCGCCAGGGGGUGGGGCAUUUUACCUUAUAUGGCUAUAGUAAAACUUUGUUAACACUCUAUAGGCCACAUUUAUUUUCUUAUCUUCAUGAAACUUGGUCAGAAGAUUUGUCCUAAUGAUAUCUUGGAUUAGUUCAAAAAUAGUUUUGUUUGCUUAAAAAACAUGGCCACCAGGGGGCGGGGCAUUUUUCCUUAUAUGGUUAUGUAUCAUGCUUUACUAAAACAUUGUUAACACUCUGUAGGCCACAUUUAUUUUCCGAUUAUUAUGAAACUUG